GGUUAACUCACCAUCAGCGGAACCGGAUGUUACUCCUUGAGCAGUAGUAUCCUAACGUGAGCUAGUAGAAACAGCUCGGUUUGUUGUGUUUUCUGUUGCUAUAAUCCAAACAGAUCCAUCAGACCCUCUGUAUGUCUGGAAACCCGGAUGACUUUUCGCUGUUCACCUUUUUUCCCUGAAUGUUUUACCUCGGAAUCAUCUACCUAUAGCUACAAAGCUAUUAAAGUUAGCUUAGCAUGCUAAGUGACUGUUUGGUGGCGAGGUGUUUUGACCGAGUUUGUGUGAUUGUGUGAAGAUGUCUAAGGUCCACAUUCUGAGAGCGUUGGUGAAGCAGCGACUAACCGCGGCUGCUGAAGAGAUAUUUGGGCUGUUUGAAAGAACGAUAGCAGAGUACGAGGAGGAACGGUGUCGGUCAAAAGAGGAGAACGAGCGACAACGGGAACUUCUGGACGCUGAUGUCCAGCAGCUGUCGGUGAGGGAAGAAGAGGUUCCCCCUGAGCAGCAGGAGUGGAGCCCCAGUCUGGACCAGCAGCACCCAGAGCCCCCACACAUUAAAGAGGAACAGGAGGAACUCUGGAUCAGUCAGGAGAGAGAGCAGCUUCAAGGGCUGGAGGAGGCUGAUAUCACCAAGUUCCCAUUCACUCCUGUCCCUGUGAAGAGUGAAGAUGAUGAAGAGAAACCUCAGCUCUCACAGCUUCAUCAAAGACAAACUGAACAGAUGGAAACAGAAGCUGAUGAAGAGGACUGUGGAGGACCAGAACCAGCCAAGAACUCAGAUCCAGAUAGACAUCCAGAACCAAAAACUGAUGACAAGACUGGAGACUCUUCUGAACUUGAGACUGAUGACAGUAAUGAGUGGAAAGAGACCAGAGAAGCUCGGCCAGGUUUAAACUCUUUGGAAAAGAAAGCUGUUCCUGCCUGUGAUUCGAGAUGCAGUAAGCCUGCUUGUCAGAAACCAUUUAGCUGCUCUGAGUGUGGGAGAAGAUUUGGUUGCAAGUCCCAUCUGAAGGGUCACAUGAUGAUCCACACAGGAGAGAGACCUUUCAGCUGCUCAGUUUGUGGUAAAAGAUUUAGUCGCAAGACACAUCUGAAGGGUCACAUGCACGCUCAUACAGGACAUAAACCUUUCAGCUGCUCAGUUUGUAAGAAAUCUUUUGCACGGAAUGAUUAUUUGCAGUCACACAUGAGAACCCACACAGGAGAGAGACCUUUCAGCUGCAGUGUUUGUGACCAAAGAUUUACUUGGAUUCAUCAGCUCAGAAACCAUCAGCGUGUCUGUUGUCAGUCCUCACAGCUUCAUCAGAGACAAACUGAACAGAUGGAAACAGAAGCUGAUGGAGAGGACUGUGGAGGACCAGAACCAGCCAGGAAAUCAGAUCCACAUAGACAUCCAGAACCAGAAACUGAUGACAAGACUGGAGACUCUACUGAACCUGAGACUGAUAGACAGCGAUGAUCAGACGGAGACCACCUCAGUCAGGUUUAAACACUCAACAAAUAAUGAAAUCCCAGUGCCAGACACUUAUUACUGACAAAAAAACAGUUGAGCUACAGUUGAGGAGUGGGGAAGGAGAUUUGUACUCAGAAAUCUGAAGAGAUACAAGACUAUAGGCCUACUGUCCACGCAGGGUCACAUGUCCAAGUGACUUCCAAAGCAGCGGCAAUAAAACUGCUGGUUCAGAUUAAACUUUCAGCGGUCGCCUUAGAUGGAAACAAACUGAGCGCGUUUACUAAAACUAAAGUAGGCCUAGUCACUGUAACGUUACUCAGCUUCAACUUUGAGGUAAUUCUACUGUACUGAACGUUACAUUAGUUGGGCUACUUUACACUUUCAGAUGUAUAAAACAAACUGAACUAGUGGCCGGUUAGCUCAGCAGGCGUACAUAGCUAUAUAUUGAGGCUAAUUCCUCUACGCAGAAGGUCCAGGGUUCGAGUCCGACCUGUGACGGUUUCCUGCAUGUCUCCCCCCCUCUCCCCUUUCAUGUCUGAGCUGUACUAUCAUUAAAGGCGGAAAUGCCCAUACAAAUAAUCUUAUAAAAUAAACACCCAGCCAUAUACAACUACUUAAAAUUAGCUCCACCUUUAGCAGCUUCAACAUUAAAGUGAUAAACACAUAAAUUAUAAUAAUCAGUGGUUUAAGAAGUACAUCUACUGUCUUACAUAUCUAUUUCAGGAUGUCCCCAAUAAAUGAAAUUGUAAGAAUGCAUGUCGAAGUGGUGUAAAGUGUAUAAGUAUAUUGUAUAGUGUAUAAAUCAAUCCAUCAGGGGGUAAACUGACCAUCUGACAUUUUAAGACCCAUUAACAACAAAAAAUGAUUAUUCAAUCUUCUAUUCAUCAAGGUUGUAGGGAAAUCUGAAUUAUUGCUCCCCUUGCAGUUCCUCCAGCCUUUAGAGGGUGAGGUAGUUUCUACAACUCAUCACUCAGUGGGAAACAUGCAUCAUAAACUGAGUAUUAAUCUUUGUUAGUAGUGUCACUUUAGCAAAGAAAGUUAAAGCUACAUCAUUAUAGUUGUAUCUUCUAAUGAAGAACUGAAUGUCCACAAAAUCCACGUGUUUGGAAGUUUAAUACAAACGGACAGCAUUACAUCUUUACAGGUUACUUUCACCUGUCUCCAGCUAACAACAACUUCUUCGGUCUUCUUUUACUAGUGUCAACAUCCGGUCAGCUGAACAUACUCUGAUUCAGAACUCAAUGUAAUAGCUCCUCCUUCUGGAACACCCAUUAUUAGCACCUAACUUCAGAAACAGUAUAAGGAAAUGAACUAUUAUUCUUCAUAGCUAAAUAACUGAUAUAGCUUACAGAUAAACAUUAUUUUAACUUAAUAUUACAGUUAAGAUAUUACAUUUAGGAUACCACAAUUAUGAUGAAACAGUAUGUGUGAUUUUGGUUCAUUUGAGUGACUAGGAAGGGGACAUUUGUACUCUUUAGACAGAGAGAACCAUUACAAUGUUUAGUCAAGUUCCCAAACGUUAUCCAUUAUCCCCGCUUUGCAAGAGUCCUUGUUUGUGGUGUGACUGAUACCUCUUAUCUUUUCAGAAGAAUUGAAAUAGAAAGGUUUAUGACUGAUUUAGGCCUCAUCAUAUGUAUACUAUUUUAAAGUGAUCAUAUUGUGAUUUUUGGCUUUUCCCCUUUCCUUUAUUGUGUUAUAUAUAUCUUUUUGUGCACAUAUAGGUUUAGAAAUUGAAAAACCCCAAAGUCCACCCCAAAGGGACUUACCAUCUCCAACAGAAAACACUGUUCACAAACUG